CGCAGCAUCAAACCGCGGCUCGUUCUACCCGUAACACCCAUUUUACGGAGUAUAUAUAUGUAUCCUCCAGAUUUGUCUACCAUGAGAUCGGAACGCGAUCAAUCAAUGCAAGCCUGAUGCUGCAGUGACUGCAUUUAUCUGAGAGCUUGCGGAGAAUUUGAGUGUGGACGAAAAUGGAGCUGUUCUACUACGUGGUGUUUGGCGGCUUGGCCGCGGUGGUGGCAGCUCUGGAGCUGAGUAAGACCAGCAAAGAUCGCAUCACAACGUCUCAGACCUUCAAUGCUUUCAAAAACAAUUACCUCGUUGUUUACUCUCUGAUGAUGGCUGGUGAUUGGUUACAGGGUCCAUAUGUAUACUACCUCUACACUACAUAUGGAUAUGAAAAGGGAGAAAUUGGGCAGCUCUUUAUUGCUGGUUUUGGGUCUUCCAUGUUGUUUGGCACAAUAGUUGGAUCUCUAGCAGACAAACAGGGUCGAAAGAGAGCUUGUGUCACUUAUUGCAUUACUUACAUACUCAGCUGCAUCACAAAGCAUUCCCCUCAUUACAAAGUCCUGAUGUUGGGGCGUAUCUUAGGUGGUAUUGCCACAUCUCUCCUCUUCUCAUCAUUUGAGUCUUGGCUAGUAGCGGAGCAUUUUAAGAGAGGAUUCGAUCAGCAGUGGCUUUCAAUCACAUUCUCUAAGGCAAUAUUUCUUGGAAAUGGUCUUAUUGCCAUCCUGUCAGGAUUAUUUGGGAAUUUUCUUGUUGAUACGUUAAAUCUUGGACCAGUGUCACCCUUUGAUGCCGCUUCAUGUUUUCUUUCCCUUGGGAUGGCCAUCAUAUUAUCAUCAUGGAGUGAGAACUACGGAGAUCCAUCAGAUAACAAAGAUUUAAUGACUCAGUUCAAGAAUGCUUCUAUUGCAAUUGCUUCAGAUGAGAAGAUUGCAUUGCUGGGCGCUAUACAAUCCCUGUUUGAGGGCUCAAUGUACACCUUUGUGUUUCUCUGGACUCCUGCUCUUAGUCCAAACGACGAAGACAUUCCUCAUGGAUUUAUCUUUGCAACUUUUAUGCUGGCAUCAAUGUUGGGAAGCUCAGUCGCAUCUCGCCUCUUGACCCGUAACUCAAUUAAGGUUGAGAGUUACAUGCAAGUGGUGUUUGUUAUUUCUUCCGCGGCUCUCAUGUUACCAAUUGUGACAAAUUUUUUGAUAACUCCUUCAAGUGUGAAAGAGGGAGGGAUAUCAUUUACAGGGUAUAUCCUUGUUUUUGGAUUUUGUACGUUUGAGGCUUGCGUGGGUAUCUUCUGGCCAUCCAUAAUGAAGAUGAGAUCCCAAUACAUUCCAGAGGAGUCGAGAAGUACCAUAAUGAACUUUUUCAGGAUUCCUCUAAACCUCUUUGUUUGCAUAGUGCUGUACAAUGUUGCUGCAUUCCCCAUCAGUGUUAUGUUUGGCAUGUGCUCAAUCUUUCUGUUUGUGGCCGCCAUCUUGCAGAGGCGUCUAAGAGCUAUUACAGAAAAGCCAAAGGCAGAAAACUGGACACCGAUGUUGGAUACCGAGUCUGAUCCACUCAAUGCUCCUUGAUACAAAAUGUCAAGGAAAAAACAGUAUAGGCCAAAUCUGUACCUUAGAUGAUCUGAAUGAAUGAUUCCCACUUAGCUGUUUGGUUUUGUAAUUCUUUGCAUUCCUAAAUUCCUUGAUCUUGAGUCACACAAGUUUCUAAUGGAGACACUUGUUAUAAACAGAGUAAGUUGUGACUUCCUUCUGGUUACAAGUUACACCAUAUAUAGAUAAUGAUGUAUUAAUAAGUGUCUAGUGAACAUGCUAGCUAUCAUUCUUUAUUAUUACUAUCAGCACAGCUGGAAAUAUAUGGUGUGGCUCUUUAUCAUCUCAAGAAAAUGCUGAAAUUAACAGCAGCAGUUAUCUUAGAAGUAGCAAUAGGAUCUUGUGUUGUACUCGUAGUCCGUACAUAUUCUUCAAGGAGAGAGUAUAUGGAGCCUUGAGAAAUAGAUCUUUUUCUUGAUAAAACCAGAAUCAGAAUUUGUGUUCUAGGAAUAAUUGGUCCAUUCAAGAGCGAUUUCUAGGACACAAAAGCUAUUGGUACACAUUUAUCGUACACAUUGUGUACGCCCUCUUAAUGGUUUGUCUACGCAAACAAUUCGUUCACAAAUUGUCUUGUAGAUAGACAAUAAGGGGAGGUGUAUUGUGUACACAUAAGGUGUACUAAAUUUGUGUACAUCAAGCAUGUCUCAUUCUAUGAACUGAGGUUGGAAUGUUGCGACACUGAUUCCACUACAAUGGCUUAUAUUUUAAGAAAAAGUCAUAUAUAGAUCAUUUACUCAUAUUUUGAGAAAUGAAGUAAUAAAACACCUACUCCAAAACUUUUCUACUAAUAUGCACCGGUUGCGUAUAUCGUGCAACUGGUGCAUGGUGAGCACCAUGCAUUCAUAGGGUAUUAUUUUCUCUUUUUUUUUAAAAAAAAUGGUAAUAACUUUUUUAUUUUUGAUCCGAUUUUUAUAAAAUUUGUAUCAACAUUUUUUAUUUUUCAUGAUCUUUCAAAUGAGACCAAUAUUGCCUAUGUAAUUUUAACAUAUUAUCGAACUAUUAUAUUAACAUAUGUAAAAUAUGUAAUUUUAUGUGUAGAAAUAUGCAACUCACGUCCAGUCAGGCCAAAUGCAACUCGUGU